AUGAAGUGGAGCAAAUUAGGCGAGCAAUACGGGGAGAAAACGACGGAGAACUUCACUCUCGCUGGUCACAGUGGUUCAAAAGAACAAAAUAGUUAUAAUCCAACACAAGAGGUCCAAACUUCCGGCUAUCCGCCAGGCAAGUCUGUGGUCACGUCCACCAGUCUCUUCAAAUUGCAAGCCUUCCUUGACGCACUGGUCACUUGCGAAGAUGAUGCUCGGAUUGUUAUCCACCCGGUCCAACGUUCAGUUUCUAUGGCGUCCGCAUCGGUGUCCACUCCACCCGGCACAUUGUACUUCACCGUUCUCGAUCCCGGACGUUAUCUUCACGGUUAG